AUGUCGAAAUCGAAGCGAGUUUUUCUUACUAUAAUGGGCGAUGAAGAUUUUUGGGGAAAUGGUGAUGGAAUGAUUGUGAAAACGAAGCCAAAGAAAAAAAUGGAGAUGGAAAUUGAGGAGGAUGAAGAGUAUUUUGAUGCGAUUGACAAAGGUUUUGAUGAGAUGGAGAGUGAGGAGAAGAAGUUGAAGAAAAUACUGGAGGAGGAUGAUGUUUUUCUGGAAGUUGCGAAGAGGAAUAGUGAAGAGAUUGGUGAGGAAAAUGAUGAAGAAGAAGAGGAAGAAGAGGAUGAUGGUGAAGAGGGAAAGGAUUCGGGAGCAUUAUCGAUUGGAUCAUCGAGAGAUGGAGAUUUUAUGAAGAAUCGCCCGGAAGCUGAGCUUCGCGCUUUAUUGGAAGGACCUUUUGAAUAUGUUCUCGGAGAUGAUAAAUUCUAUGAAACAUAUGAAACGAUUCGGAAAAUCUUGGCGAAUUCUGAAGUGGUUCAACAACUUCGUCGAAAUUCGGCUGCGGUUCCACUGACUUCGGAUCAACGUGUUCAAACGAAACAUGCUGUUGUGGUGUCAAGUUAUCGUGAGCCGGAUCGUAGAUUGAGCCGAAAUUCGAAAUAUUAUUAUCAUCAUAAUGUUGGACCGGAGAUUUAUAGUCGAAAGGUUUUUGUUGGUGGUUUGCCGGCGUGUGUUACUGAAAGUGAGUUGAAAAGUAAUUCGAAAUAUGUAGAUGUGAUCUUCUAAUCAAUUUUCAGCCGAAAUUCUUAUGUUUUUCUCUCGUUUUGGAAGACUUCAAGUUGAUUGGCCGAGUAAACACUACGCUUUCAAAUCCGAUUCAAAUCAAUCAAUGAGUUCUUCCGAGUCUCAAACAACAAUCAACCAUUCAAAUUUAAUGCAACAAGUUCAAAAACCAACAUCACAUUUGGCAUUAGCAUCUCCACCAUUUGGACAAAUCAACCCGUUUCAAAAUAAUAAUAAUAACUUCCCAGCUUCUCCUUUACAUUUCCAUCAACAACAACAACAAAUGGCACCAAGAGAACUUCCACCAAGAGAAUUGCCACCAAUUGAAAGUAAUUCGAUGAUUGCUGGACCAGGAGGUGAAAAACGACAGAAACAUCUUGGCUACGUUUUUCUGCUUUUUGAAAAGGAGAGAAGUGUUAGAGAUUUGGUGGCUGAAUGUUUUGAAGAAGAAGCUGGUCUUUUCAUUACUUUGGAUGAUUGUACCACUUUGGGAAGUGUUGUAAGUUUAAUUUAAGAUCUGAUAGGAAACCUUCAAAUCUAUAUUUUUCCAGCGAGUUCAAAUUCGCCCAUGGCUUUUGGCUGAUGCUGAAUUUUUGAUGGAUUUCAAUGUUCCAAUCAACACUAAACUUGUUGCUUUUAUUGGCGGAGUUCCCCGACCAUUAAAAGCUGUUGAACUUGCUCAUUUCUUCGAACAAACCUAUGGACAUGUUGUUUGUGUUGGAAUUGAUAUUGACAACAAAUUCAAAUAUCCACGUGGUUCUGGAAGAGUUGCUUUCUCGAAUUAUGAUGCAUAUGUGAAUGCGAUCACUGAUCGAUAUAUUGUUUUGGAUCAUGAGGAUAUUCACAAAAGAGUUAGUGAGAUAUUAUUCUAGAUCUUUUUUUCAAAUCUUUUUUUUUGCAGGUUGAAAUCAAGCCCUAUUUUUUCCACAAUCAAUCUUGUGAAGAAUGUAGUGGCCGAUAUCACAGACAACAUGCUCCAUUUUUCUGUCCAUCUUUGGAAUGCUUUCAAUAUUAUUGUGAAACGUGUUGGCACAAAAUGCAUGCUCAUCCUAGCAGAUUCCAUCAUAUGCCUGUUGUCAAAGGUGUAUAG